UGCAUCUCAGCCAGGGACAGCUGACUGGUUGGGAUCUAAUUGCUCUCAAGUGAGGUCGGCGGGAGGCAUUUAUGUAAGCGACAGUGGAGGAUGCACAGUCUCUGUGCCAGAAGCAGGCAGACAUCCUUGGGAACUGAAGCUCUCUUCUCUUUGGACUUAUUUUAAGUGUUUUUAUUGAAAUUGCUGAAAAACAGGAAUACAUCUCUGACUGUGGUCUUGGAAAGAUGGAGCAGACAAUGUGUAGCCUCACUGAAGACUAGGAAGAGCCAUCAGACAAAAACACCGGCAAAAGAUUGUUAUCAAAUCUCAACAUCAACACGCGACAGAAGUUUUUCCCCCACAACACGCCUGACUCAACGUCCUGCAAGGGUCCCCCUGCUGCAAGAGCAGUGACCCAGAGGUUAAACUUGAGUGACGGAGUCCAGUUGGAUAACCGCAUCAAUCUCUUCGUCCAUUUCAGUAUGUUGUUCAUUGAUCCCAACUGCAUUGUAUUAUAAUGCGCAAAUGGAUACUGACAUGGAACCUUCCAAAAGUUUUCUCGGGACUGUACCUACAUGCCAUCUUCCUGUUCAGCAGUGUGUGUGUGGUCUACAGUGACUGCACUUCGGCGCAACUUGCUGCCAUCAUGAACUGUUCAAGACAUGAGCGUCACACAAGGAAUUAUGACUACAUGGAGGGAGGAGAUGUGCGCAUCCGACAGCUGUUUAGCCGCACGCAGUGGUUCCUGACAAUUGACGACGAGGGACACAUCAAUGGGACUCAAGACCCGACCAACUGUUACAGCAUCCUCGAGAUUAGGACAGUGUCUGAAGGAGGCAUACUGGCCAUCAAAGGCAUAAAGAGUCAGCAUUACAUCGCCAUGAACAAGGCUGGGCAGCUGCAAGCCAAGAGGAUCUACAACGACAACUGUAACUUCAAGGAGGUUUUCCUAGAAAACUACUUCAACGCUUAUUCCUCCACAAAGUGGACUAAAAACGGCAAAGAAAUGUUCAUAGCGCUGUCUCAGAGGGGGCGGCCGCUGCGAGGGAAGAAGACGAGGAGGGAGCACGUGGCAUCGCACUUCAUCCCCAUGAAAUGCAAGGAGGAGGAGAGAAGGGCAGACUAAGACAGAGGACUCAUAUUUGUACGACUUCAGUUAGCAAAUAUUUUAAUGGACCUUAAAACUUAUCACCGGCCACACUACACACUUCUCAAGAUGUACAGUAUAAGUUAUUAUUAUACACAAUAUACAGAAGACAAUAUUGGGAGUUGGGAAACAACUCUUAAUUGAUCAAUUCAGGUUGGUUUGGAAACUGAAUCCUCAUCCAGACAUUAUAGACAUUUGAAGCGCAUCUGGAAAGCAUUCAUUUUGUUAUGUUCCAGCCUUAUUCCAAAAUGGAAUUAAUUCAUAUACCCCAUAUUGAUAAUGUGACAAGUUUGAUUUUUAAAAUGUUUGCUAAUUUAUUUAAAAAAUAAAAUUAUAAAAUAAAACACAUGUACAUAAGUAUUCACAGCCUUUGCUCAAUACUUCGUUGAUGCACCUUUGGCAGCAAUUACAGCCUCAAGUCUUUUCUAAUAUGAUGCCACAAGCUUGGCACACCUACCUUUGGGCAGUUUCUCCCCUUCCUCUUUGCAGCACCUCUCAAGCUCCAUCAGGUUGAAUGGGAAGUGUUUGCUUUCAUCCAUGAUGCCUCUGUACAUUGGUGGUGACCAACAACCCAAUGGUCACUCUGUCAGAGCUUCAGCAUUCCACUAUGGAGAGCUGAGAACCUUCCAGAAGGACAACCAUCUCUGCAGCAAUCCAAUAAUUAGGCCUCUAUGGUAUAGAGCAGUGGUUCUCAACCUUUUUCAGUGAUGUACCUACCCCCUGUGAACAUUUUUUAAAAUUAAAGUACCCCCCUAAUCAGAGCAAAGCAUUUUUGGUUGAAAAAAAGGGAUAAAGAAGUUUCUGAUUUAUUAAAUUGUAUAACAAUGCAAAAUAUUGCUCAUUUGCAGUGGUCUUUCUUGAACUAUUUGGAAAAAAAGAUAAUAAAAAUAAACAAGUAAUUCAAUUAUAAAUAAAGAUUUCCACACAUAGAAGCAAUCAUCAACUUAAAGUUACCUCUUUGGGGAUUGUAAUAGAGAUCCAUCUGGAUUCAUGGACUUAAUUCUAAACAUUUCUUCACAAAAAAAUAAAUCAUUAACAUCAGUAUUUAUGGAACAUGUCCACAAAAAAUCUAGCUGUCAACACUGAAUAUUGCAUUGUUGCAUUUCUUUUCACAGUUUAUGAACUUACAUUCAUAUUUUGUUGAAGUAUUAUUCAGUAAAUAUAUUUAUAAAAGAUUGUUGAAUAGUUGAUCAUUUUAGAAUAUUUUUGAAAAAUCUCAAGUACCCCUUGGCAUACAUUCAAGUACCCCCAGGGGUACGCGUACCCCCAUUUGAGAACCACUGGUAUAGAGGCCAGACGGAAGCCGAUCUUUGUAAAAAGUUUGUCAAAAUGCACCUGAAAGACUCUCAGACCAUGAGAAACAAAACCCUCUGGUCUGAUGAGAGAAACAUUGAACUCUUUGGUGUGAAUGCCAGGCGUCAUGUUUGAAGGAAACAAGGCAGCGCUCAUCACCAGGCCAUUACCAUCCCUCACUGUGAAGGAUGGCGGUGGCAGCAACAUGCUCGGGGAAUGUUUUUCAGCGACAGGAACUGAGACUCUAGUCAGGAUAGAGGGAAAGAUGAGUGCAGCAAUGUUCAGAGACAACCUAGGUGAAAACCAACGUUUCACAUCCAACCUGAUGGAGCUUGAGAGUUUCUGCAAAGUGUAAUAAGCAAAAAUGGCCAAAUAUAGGUGUGCCAAGCUUGUGGCAUCGUAUUUAAAAUGAUUUCAGGCUGCAAUUGCUCCCAAAGAUGCAUCAAUAAAGUAUUAAGCAAAGGCUGUGACUACUUAUGUACAUCUGAUUUAUUUAUUUUUAUUUUUGAAAAAUUGGCAAAAAUAAAAACUUGUCACAUUGUCAUUAUAUGAUAUUGUAUGUAGAAUUUUGAGGACAAAAAUAAAUGUAUUUCAUUUUGGAAUAAAGCUGUACCUUAACAAAAUGUGGUGGGAAAAUUAAGCCCUAUGAAUACUUCCGGGAUGCACUGUAUGUGCUUCCAGCUGUUUGAGACAGGCCCUUUCAGUUCCAUAAAGACAUGGCUGGAUGAGUUCGCUGUAGAAGAACAAGACCUCAAACUAAUCAAACAUUUUUGGGAUUAACCAAAACAGAGACAAAAUUUCCCCUUGCACACUUUUGUAGAAACUCUUCCCAGAAGAGUGGGAGCUGUCAUAGCUGGAAAUGCAAAUUCCAUAUUGCACUUCAUGUGGUUGUAAUGUCCGGGCGUACCAACAAGUGUCUGUAUAGUGUAUGCAUGAGGGAAAAUAACAUAUUGAAAUACUACAACAUGUCUUCAGAUGAGAUUUCAGGACUAGAGGUAAGGAAAGUAUAGUUUGACUUGCUCCAGAAGUUGUUUUUAACCAAAACACUAUUCAAUGCUAUUGUUAUUUUAAUUAAAUAUCAUAUUUGCUUAUAUUGGGAAAAAAUGUUUCCUGUAUGGGUUGUCUUAUUUUAUAAAAGCACCUGUAUGACACUGCUUGUCGAUGAGUUGGUCUGUCUCAGUAACACUGGACUUGUACACAUCGUUGAACACAAAGUACAGCCAGAAUUAAUCAAAUUAACUUGGCAUUUUUACACAAAUGUGGAGUAUAAAUGGUUUGGUUUAUCCCAAAACUUUUUUCAAUAGUUGUAGUUUCUCACGGACCACCUUCUCCUGGGAUCUGGAAAUACAUUUUCUGCUGCUGUUGAAAGUGAACAAUACUUUUACCUGGUUUGUGUAACAGAUCUUACAAACCCCGUUUCCAUAUGAGUUUGGAAAUUGUGUUAGAUGUAAAUAUAAACGAAAUACAAUGAUUUGCAAAUAAUUUUCUACCCAUUUUUAGUAGAAUAUGCUAGGAGCUCUUGGUAAAGAUUUGGCAAAAAUACCGGACAAUUCUGCAAAUUUCAUGGCUGGCUUACAGCGUGGUCACUCCGUAAUCACUUACGACCGCCAGACAAUUCUGGAUGUGGAUAGAUCGGGCCUUUUUGGACUGAAUGACGCUUGCUUGCUAGACCUGCUAGCUAGCAUGGGAAUACUUCGCCGGCUACAUCCAGCGGCGUGUGAAUGUGUGUGUGAAUGGGUAAAUGUGGAAGUAGUGUCAAAGCGCUUUGAGUACCUUGAAGGUAGAAAAGCGCUAUACAAGUACAACCCAUUUAUUCAUUUAUUUAUUAAAAUAUUUUUUUUUUUGCAAAUAAUCAUUAAGUUUAGAAUUUGAUGCCACCAACAUGUGACAAAGAAGUUGGGAAAGGUGGCAAUAAAUACUGAUAAAGUUGAGGAAAGCUCAUCAAACACUUAUAUGGAACAUCCUACAGGAGUGCAGGCUAAUUGGGAACAGGUGGGUGCCAUGAUUGGGUAUAAAAGCAACUUCCAUGAAAUGCUAAGUAAUUCACAAACAAGGAUGGGGCGAGGUUCACCACUUUGUAAGCAAAUUGUCGAACAGUUUUAGAACAACAUUUCUCAACGAGCUAUUGCAAGGAAUUUAGGGAUUUUACCCUCUAUGGUCCGUAAAAUCAUCAAAAAGUUCAGAGAAUCUGGGUAAAUCACUGCACAUAAGCGAUGAUAUUACAGACUUUUGAUGCCUCAGGCGGUACUGCAUCAAAAACCGACAUCGGUGUGUAAAGGAUAUCACCACAUGGGCUCAGGAACACUUCAUAAAACCACUGUCAGUCACUACAGUUGGUCGCUACAUCUGUAAGUGCAAGUUAAAACUCUACUAUGCAAAGCCAAACCCAUUUAUCAACAGAAUCCUGAAACGCCGCCGGCUUGGCUGGGCCCGAGCUCACCUAAGAUGGACUGAUGCAAAGUGGAAAGGUGUUCUGUGGUCUGACAAGUCCACGUUUCAAAUUAUAUUUGGAAACAGAGGAUGUGGUGUCCUCCAGAACAAAGAGGAAAAUAACCAUUCUAAUUGUUAUGGCGCAAAGUUCAAAAGCCAGCAUCUGUGAUGGUGUGGGGGUGUAUUAGUGCCCAAGGCAUGGGUAACUUACACGUCUGUGAAGGCACCAUUAAUGCUGAAAGGUACAUACAGGUUUUGGAACAACAUAUGUUGUCAUUCAAGCAACAUUAUUAUGGACGCCCCUGCUUAUUUCAGCAAGACAAGUGUUACAACAGCAUGGCUUUGUAAAAAAAGAGUGUGGGUACUUUCCUGGCCCGCCUGCAUUCUAGACCUGUCUCCCAUCGAAAAUGUGUGGCGCAUUAUGAAGCGUAAAAUACGACAGCGGAGACCCCGGACUGUUAAACGACUGAAGCUCUACAUAAAACAAAAAUGGGAAAGAAUUCCACUUUCAAAGCUUCAACAAUUAUUUUCCUCAGUUUCCAAACGUUUAUUGAGUGUUGUUAAAAGAAAAGGUGAUGUAACACAGUGGUGAACAUGUCUUUUCCCAACUACUUUGGCACAUGUUGCAGCCAUGAAAUUCUAAGUUAAUUAUUAUUUUCAAAAAAAAUAAAGUUUAUGAGUUUGACCAUCUAAUAUCUUGUCUUUGUAGUGCAUUCAAUUGAAUAUGGGUUGAAAAGGAUUUGCAAAUCAUUGUAUUCCGUUUAUAUCUAUCUAACACAAUCUCUCAACUCAUAUGGAAACGGGAUUUGUACAUUUACUCCAACAAGUAUACAACAAAGCACUUCUAAUCAGACAAUUACAGCUAAAGUACAAAUACUCAAUAGAAGAAGCAAAGUACAUGUGCUAGUGGUUCUCCAGUGAUGCAUCAUGCAUGUGGCCUCACCCUCAUACAGCAUUAUCAAGUGAAAUAUUACAUGCUCUUGUA